AUGGGGAAAGGAGAGGGUUCGCGAAAGUGGUGUGCGCUGCUUUCGCGGAUUGGGGCCCAGCUCCGGCAGCAGGCAAUCCGCUAUCGGUGGGUGGUGCUCACGACAAAUCAAGUGCGGGGAGUCCCGAUGGCGGCCCGUGCAGUGGCCCUCCCGGCGAGGCUCCAGCCCCAUAAACGAUCACCACAGUCUCUUUUUGGCAAGGACGAGGUAAGAAGGGAGGUGACGUGGGUUCCUGCACUGGGGAUUCGAUGGAUGGUCACUCCACACGUCCGGGUGGUCCUUCAAAAACUCAACCACACAAAUAAGGACGAGGAGGAGAGGGCUCCGAAUUCAAACGCGACGCGAAUUUUUACGUUGCUAUCAAGCCCACUCGCUGCUCCUGCUCAGGUUGGGUUUAAAAUCACCGAGAACGGUAUUGAAGCAAGCGAAUGA